AUGAAGAUGAAGAGAUGCAUCCUGCUGAUGCUCGCACUUGAGGCCGCCGUCCUCGUCGCCGGCCGCCCCUCCGCUGUUGCCGUCUCCAACGACGUGGGCACCAUUCUCAUGCCGACCGAAGGCAAAGGGCUUGCAGGGCAAGUGGGAACGGCGGCGGCUUCCAGGCCAUGGGAUUGCUGCGACAACACCAUAUGCACCAGGUCCUUGCCGCCAAUCUGCAUCUGUCUGGACGAGGUCGACGAGUGCGCCUCCACCUGCAUGGCCUGCGUGCCGUCCGUCUCAAACCCAUUCCGCCGCGUCUGCGGAGACCGGUACUACGGCGACCCCGGGCCCAAGUGCACCUACAACACCGUCGCCGGCGACAACAACGACGACGCCCUCGUAGCGGCGGCGGCAGAGGAGGAGAAGCCGUGGGAGUGCUGUGACAUGGCUCUGUGCACCAGGUCAUACCCGCCGAUGUGCCGCUGCGUGGACGAGGUCGAGCAGUGCGCUGCAACCUGCAAGAGCUGCGGGGUGUCCAUCUUGAACCCGUUCCGCCACGUCUGCAACGACUGGUACAACGGCUUCCCAGGUCGCAAGUGCACCGAGGCCGCCCACGCCGGCGGUAAUAACUAG